GUCCGUAGGUGGUAGAUGGUCUCUGACUGUCGAACGCGGAGGUACCACCCGGCGGUUCUCGUAGGCGGAGCCAGAAUGUGUGCAUGUUGCAUGCACACGUGUUCCCUCGCCAGAGUCCGUGUGGCGUCCCCCCUUUCCCAUGUAUCCCCCAUAGCCCCACGGUACCCAAUGGGUGCUUUGGCAUAAGGCCUUCGCGUUGGUUUGAAUAUAAAAAAAAAUCGAUAUGUCAC